AUGACUCUAGCCAAGCUCUGUGUAGGCUUGGGCGCCAUAGUCCUUGGCGCCACGGCUCUGCCAUCUGAUUCUCCGUCGACCCACUAUGCCAUCAAGGAGCGACAUUACGUCCCCAAGUCUUGGACGAGUCUUGGCCCGGCAGACGGAUCCGACAUGAUCAAUCUCCAGAUCGGUCUGAAGCAGAGCAACAAGGGUGCUAUCGAGCAACACCUGCUUGAGAUCUCGGACCCUGACCAUGAUCGCUACGGCCAGCACCUGUCCGUCGACGAGGUCGCCGACAUUGUCCGCCCAACAGACGAGACUAUCGACAGCGUCCACCGGUGGCUCGAGGGGCACGGCGUCGGAGAUAUCGCUUACUCGCCUGCUCAGGACUGGAUCUCCAUCAUUGUGCCCAUUUCAAAAGCCGAGGAGUUACUCCAGACAACUUACUCGAAGUAUGAACACGACGGAGGCCACGUUGCCAACCGCGCGACAGAAUGGUCGCUGCCACUGCACCUUCAUGAGCACAUUGAUGUCGUCCAGCCCACAACUUCGUUCCUGACACCCAAGCCUGAGCACAAGCCCAUCAGGUUUGACUUGUCCGAGCAGGAGUUGACCUGGUGGGAGCACACAGGCCAGUUCAAGUACAAACAGCUGUCUGCAUCUCAGCUAGCAAGCGGGACCGCCAAUAUCUCGGCAGUCUGCAACGCCAGCUUUGUCACCCUCGACUGCCUGCGCACAGUCUAUGGCACGAUCAACUACACCACACAGGCUGCUGACGACAAUUCGAUUGCCAUCAACAACUAUCUCAAUGACACAAGUCGGCGUGACGAUGCCAAGACCUUCCUGCAGCAAUUCCGCCCAGACCAAGUCGCUGCCGCCGACGAGUUCGAGUUCACUAUCAUCGACGAUGGGCCAAACUACCAAGGCCCCAAUACCUCCGUCUUUGUUGACGCGGGUGCCGACGUCGAAGGUAACCUCGAUGCUCAGCUGGUCCUCGGUGUCAGCUCUCCGACGCCUCUGUUUGCGUACAACACCGGCGGAAGCCCGCCAUUCAUCCCCUCCCUGAGCACACCAACAGACACCAACGAGCCGUACCUGGCUUUCCUGAACUAUAUCCUUGCACAAGACGACAUCCCAAAUGUCUUCAGCUCGUCUUAUGGUGACGACGAGCAGACCGUGCCGCAGUCUUACGCCGAGAGGGUCUGUUCCGGCUUUGCUCAGCUUGGCGCCCGCGGUGUCACCUACCUAGUCUCGUCUGGAGAUGCCGGCGUCGGAUCAUCCGGUGACUGCUACAGCAACGACGGCAAGAACACCUACAAGUUCACGCCCGACUUCCCCACGUCGUGCCCAUGGGUCACCUCCAUCGGCGCCACCGCCAACUUCACGCCCGAGACGGCCGUCACCCGCUUCGCCUCGGGGGCUGGGUUCAGCAACUACUUCGCGCAGCCCGAGUACCAGGCGUCGACCGUCAACAAGUACAUCGCCAGCCUGAACGGCACGUACGACGGGCUGUACAACAAGAGCGGCCGUGCCUACCCCGACAUCUCGGCGCAGGGCAACCUCGACGUCAUCGUCUACGCUGGCGAGCUCAUCCGUAUCGGGGGAACCAGCGCCUCGUCGCCCACCGUCGCUGGCAUCCUGGCUCUUGUCAACGAUGCCCUCAUCGCCGCCGGCAAGCCGACGUUGGGUUUCAUCAAUCCUUGGUUGUACAAGGAGGCUUACAAGACCUUUACCGACAUCACCAUCGGCUCGAGCUACGGUUGCAACACUACCGGUUUCCCGGCUCAGGCUGGCUGGGAUGCUGUCACUGGCUUUGGCACACCUAACUUCAACGAGUUGGUAAACGCUGCUCUUGAAAAGGAGUAG